UAGUCUGCGUACGACGCGCACUGCACCCCACCACGUUAUGUAGUGCACAUACCCACGUCACGCUUUUCUGCAGAUCUAGUCCGCAGUGAUAAAUUCCUCUUCGCGUGCGUCACGUUCGGACAUGAUUUAUUCAAUGGAUGGGACAUCAUUGGUGCGCUGCGAAAUACCGCAAGUGCCAAGUGUUACAAGCACUCGUGUCCGAGAAUAAUAACCAUUCAUUUCAGCUUGCACGUUCACGAGAAAUCACCUCGAAACCUCGUACUCCCGCAGAGUUGCCACUAUUACCAACCACUCUAUCAUCGAGCUCGAAGACCAGAGUAUCAGCGCUAUCAUCAAUGAGCGCCAACAACAGUUCGACGCAACUUUGCACGAGAUCUGAGAACUAGAAACAGCAUGGACGACCUCAAAAUUUUUCACUGGCAACUCGUCGAAAAGAAGGACAGUAUCAUCCAAUCCAUGAAUUUGCACAAUCAACUUGUAUCGGCUCUCUGGCGCUUGCCAACUGAAUUUCUAUCCCACAUUUUCGUUCACUGUCUCCCAGAAACUAGUCGCUUGCCGUACGCAUCAAAAAGGCUAGCUCCUGUGUUGUUGACCAGAAUAUGUCGACGAUGGAGGGAGGUUGCUGUGGGCACGUCCAAUUCACGGCGCAGGCUGAUGUUGCAAAGCAGCGAAGACGACAACAAACACUGGGAGUCAUUGGCUUUUUGCUAUGACUUAUGGCUCAAGCGAUCACGAGGACUUCCGCUCUCGUUGGAAGCCUGGUGCGACACAAAUGACUCCAUCGAGGCCUUAUUCAGCCAUACAUCAAUCAAAUCUCGUCUUUCUAUAUCCGUUUUGUCUUCCAGGCGCACAAUUGUGAUCACCACUUACGUCUCCCGAUCCCAGGUGAUUGACCAAUGCCUCGAUGAUCAUCAUCUUCACGUUUCACUCAAGCGCACGAUCUCAAGCGUGUCCGAAGAAUGUACAAAACUAGAUUGGAUUCCUAAACUACAGGCCAUUGAUACUCGUACCGUACAUGUAUAAAAAUACAGAAACAUUGACAAUGAGAU